GAACAUGACAGGAUGGAGCAGCAGGUGGACCAGAACCAGAACCAGCUGGUUGGUUCUGCUAAACUCCUCCUGGGGGUCGGACUGGAUAACUUCAUCUCCCUGCUGGUUUUUGGGCUCAUCUUUAUUCUGGGAGUUCUGGGGAACACCUUGGUGAUCUCGGUCGUGGCCCGAAGCAAACCGGGUCAGACCCGCAGCACCACCAACAUCUUCAUCCUGAACCUGAGCGUGGCGGACCUGUCCUACCUGCUCUUCUGCGUCCCGUUCCAGUCCACCAUCUACAUGCUGCCCACCUGGAUCCUCGGAGCCUUCAUCUGUAAGUUCAUCCACUUCUUCUUCACCGUCUCCAUGCUGGUCAGCAUCUUCACGCUGUCCGCCAUGUCCGUGGACCGGUACGUGGCCAUCGUGCAUGCCCGGAAAGCCUCCUGGAUCCGGGUGGGGAGGCACGCGACGCUCGGUGUGGUUCUGAUCUGGAUCCUGUCCGUGGGGAUGGCGGCUCCGGUGGCGCACUACCAGAACCUGGUGGAGCGGGAGGACAACAGCUCGUUCUGCUGGGAGGUCUGGCCGGACCGGCACCGGAGGGUCUACGUCAUGUGCUCCUUCGUGUUCGGUUACCUGCUGCCGCUCGCGCUCAUCUCGGUCUGCUACAUGAAGGUUUUAAAUCAUCUGAGGAAAAAACUGAAGAAUGUCUCCAAAAAAUCUGAGAUGUCCAAGAAGAAGACCGCUCUGACCGUCCUGGUGGUGGUGGUGGUCUUCUGCCUAUCCUGGCUGCCUCACCACGUCGUCCACCUGUGGGUGGAGUUCGGCUCCUUCCCCCUCAACCAGGCCUCCUUCGUCUUCAGGAUGGUGGCUCACUGUCUGGCCUACAGCAACUCCUCCGUCAACCCCGUCAUCUACGCCUUCCUGUCCGAGAACUUCAGGAACUCCUACAAGCAGGUGUUCCGGUGCCGGGCGCCCAGCGAGUGUCCUCUAAACGAAACCAGAGACCUGCGCAGUCGAGCGGAGACGGCCAACGCCAGCGUGGGUCACAAAGGUCACGAGUCACAGACGGGUCAGAUGCUCUGAUGGCGUCGGAGCUGAUAUUUAAACACUUUAUUGUUGAAUUGGGUCGAUUUAGCUCUUAAACAGUUCAGGUGUCGUGGGUCUGACGUUCUCCAGCAGCGGGUCGGACAGGACCCGUCACUUUGGACCUACAUUUGGGUCAAACUGGACUCCACCGCGGUUCUGACAUCAGGCUGGAAAAGAGCCGGAGGAUGAGUCACUGACAAAAAUACCCAGAAUGCAACAGGAGAAGGCUCGUUCUCUGUUCAGUCAGAGCUCGUGGUUCUGGUUCUGGUUCUGGUUCUGGCGGGUCCAUGUGGGACUCGGCAGGAUGAGUUUCAGAUGGGUUUUAAAUCAGCCGCUGGUUCUGCAGCUUCAUGGUUUAGAGAUGAAAACAAUAAAAGUUCGGAUCAGCAGAACCAAACCGGCCCAGUUCGGUCGGAUAAAAAUAAACGUUUUAAAAUAAAAUAGAAAUCGUUUGUGCAUAGAUUAAAUUCGGUUCUUAUUUGUUCUGUGACCUAGAGCCAAACUGGUUCUGGUACUGGUACCACCGGUAGAAGUAACUCAGAAAGUUAGUUCAGGUACCAGUCAGUAAAAUAAAAACAUUUGUUAUGUGAAAACGACUCAAUAAAAACAUCUGAAGAAGCUUUAA